CUCAGCCGUAUUCCGAUGACUGCGCCCUCUGCCACAACCUCGUCUGCAAGGUCCGCGACUGCUCAGUUCUUCGCCAAUCAGGCUGUUUUACCCCAUCCAUUUCUCAAUUCUCCUGGAACUGCAGAGUCCCCUUUUGAUGACCAUCGUUCUGACUGGGCGGCUGAAUUACCCCGUAUGAACGAGUCUCCAUUGAUGAUAAACACUACGGGCAUGUACGCCGAUAUGGAAGCUGCACUGCGCCGGGCUCAAAGUGUCCCGGGGCCGUGGGCUACGGAGUUCCGAAUUCCCUCCAUGUCAACAUCAACGGUGCGGGAGGCAAGGAUCACCGAGGUCCCACAGUCUAUGUGGGAUCGAGAGUUCGCCAGAAUAGAUGUUUCGCCUGUCUCUGUUGAUGUCAAGGGGAAGGGAAGGGCUUACGGCUUGGGGGAUGCUGCCCUCGAUGAUGCAUUUGCCCGCGUCACCGUGCAGUCUGAUGAGAGGCCUGUCGCUAGUCCAGCCCUUGAACACGACUUUACCGCUGAGUUUGAGAGUGUCUGGACUCAAAUGAAUCAUGAAAGGCUCCAAACCCCUGAAGGCGCGGAUCUGGCAUCCUGGGAGGCUGAUUUACACGCUCAUCAAAUGGAAGAAAGCGCGGAUGACUCUCUAUGGGAUCUUAGCGAGAUGGAGCGGAAGUAUCAGGAGCUUACUGCAACGACGCGAGACGAUUCCGAGUUCUCUAUGCGGUAUGACGAUGAUGGCCUCCCAGAUUUCGGAGAGUACGAAUUCGAACGAGAGAACCCAUAUUUAACGCUGCACCUCUCGGAAUCUCUGCCCACACUCUUGCAGCAAGCACUUGCAUCAUCCGAUCCGUCUGCCUUAACCCGAUCUGCGUUGAUUCUGGAAGCUAUGCUGCAGCUAGAUAAAACCCAGACUCCUCAAUUUCAGCUGUGGUAUACCCUGGGCCAAGUGCUUGUGCGAGAUGAGAGAGAUGAUAAAGGUAUCAAAGCCCUUGUCCGUGCUGUAAAGGACAGCGCAGGACACCAAGACGCAAAUUCGGCAAUUCUCGAGCUCGCCAUAGCCUACGUCAACCAAUCAUAUGACAUGGCCUGCUUUUUCACCCUCCUGCAGUUCGCCCAUUCUAGGCAUUCUAACAAGGCUGACAUACCUGACUUGGGAAUGAUUCGCGGACGAGCAAUUUGGUCAGUGCGAGAUGCGGUCAAGGACAUCUUUAUCUCUCUGGCUCGAGAACAGCAUGCAGAGAAUAUUGUCGACCCCGACGUUCAAGUGGGACUCGGCGUGUUGCUCUACAGCGAAGCGGAAUAUGACAGAGCGGCCGAAUGUUUCCAGGCCGCAUUGUCCAUUAAUCCACAGAAUGCGGUUUUGUGGAAUCGGCUAGGUUCCUGUUUGUCGAAUGGCAACCGUCCUGAAGAGGCGAUAGGUGCAUAUCGACGGGCCUUGGAAAUAUGGCCGAACUACACCAGAGCUAUAGUCAAUAUUGGUGUCGCAUGUUUGAAUAUGGGCGCACACCAAGAAGCAGUAGAACAUUUUCUAAGCGCCAUAGCGAUGCACGAUGGGUCGGCUUCCACAACAGCGAUACCUAGCAGUGUGAAGUCUAACGACGAUAUAUGGAAAACGCUCCGCCGGACAUUCCUCGCCAUGGAUCGCCAUGAUUUGGCUGAGCGGGCGCUUCCUCCAGAAAGGUCGGCUGAGGCUUUCAGAGGAGAGGGAUUUGAGUUCUAGCUUAUGACAGAUUGUUGCUGUUGGUUUCUGAGAUCCGAGCGUAAUGUCAUGUG